AACACUAUAUAACCCCAAAAAUCCCCUCCCAAAACCUCAUCACCAUAGCCAUUUCUUCUCUUACAUGCAACUGUGGUAAAAAAAACCCCCAUAAAAAAACCAAAAGAAAGACCAAAAACCAUGGCCAACAACCCUAGAAACAACGCCAACAAGAAAUUGAAACAUCACCGGAACCAAGAUUCCGACGACUUUGAUGGUAACCCCGAAGCUUGGGCAACGCUAGACAAGAAUUUCAAGCAAGUCCAAUCGGUUUUGGACCGGAACCGGAUGCUGAUCCAACAGGUUAACGAUAACCACCAAUCGAAGAACCCCGACAACAUGGUUAAGAACGUUGCAUUAAUUCAAGAACUUAAUGGGAACAUAUCCAGGGUUGUCUCACUUUACUCUGAUAUGUCUUCCAAUUUCUCCACUUCCUUUCACAACAAUGGACACCACAAGGAAGGCUGAAGUUGAUUAUUGAGAAUAAUAAUAAUGAUGAUGAAGAAGAAAAGUCUUCUUUUAUAUGUAUGUUAUGGUUAUGUGUUCUAUAAUAAAUACAUGUCCGGUUCUUUUCA